CCUCCAUCUUGACGAAUACCCUAACCCGUCGCGACAUGUACGCGCAACACAUACCUCAUUGAUAUGGCUCUCAAUUCGAAAAGGAAGAACGGCCACAAUGACGCGUCGACCUGCAAGAAACAUAAAAUUUCAGGCAGCGACACGCCUGUCCGGCGGGAUCUGCUAGAGCGCUCCUAUGCCCGUGUGGCUACAUUGCGAGAACACAUCCUAUCUCAUCUUCCUCGCAGCUCCCGCCUUCGUCGAAAGAAGAUAGCUUCUUUAGGUCAGAAUGAGGGAGCCGGCGACGUCGAAACUCAGCUCGCCCAUCUUCUGGAUACCUCUCUCGUCUGUACCCAUCAGCUAGAGGGCCAACGGGAAGACACAAGGUGGGAGCAAUGGCUGUCAUUUUCCCAAAAGGGAGAUGAGUCGCAUGUGACUCUUUCCGAUGGUCUUUCAGGCUCAAUCUAUUCCCAAUCCGAGGUUCGUAAUAGAAGUUUGUGCAUACUGCCCUGUCGCUCACGCGGUGACAGAUUGUUGACUUUGUCAUCUGGCUACUUUUCUCAAGAGAGCUGAAGGCAGGAAAGCGACCUAAGCAUCUCCUAUGCGAUGGAUUUAGGAGAGGCACUGGCCCUGGUGAACAGGGCGGGGUCAUUGUUCCCGGCCU